CGCGGGAGGCUUCAGCUCCGCCAUCGGGACCGUUUGCGUUACAAGCCACCUGGGCCCUAACCUCAGCCCCGCUCACAGAGCCGGCGCCCUGAGCAUCUUCAGGGAAGGGGGGUGGGGAUUGAAAUUUCUGGCCAAUGCCCGCUCAGCGCGGGAAAUUCAAACAGAUCAAAGUAAAGUAGCAUUCUCUGGCCCCAAACAUUCCCGCACUCUAGAUCUGCAGCCCCGGCCCGGUGCAGUGGUGAAGAACACAGCCCCGAGAGACUUUUCCCGUGGAGAUGCAUUUCUGGCGGCAGAGGGGUAUUAUAGUCUGUCCAAUCACUGCUCAGCCCGGGAAAUUCAAAGCCCCAACGGUUUCUCUGCAGCUCUCAGCCAAUCAGAGGCUCUGCUUCGCCUAUAUAUUGCCGGACAGAUACCUGUAAUUUCACAGCUUCUUGUGCUCCGCAGACGCGUACUGACUCCGGGAGAAGAUGGCCCGUACUAAGCAGACCGCCCGCAAGUCCACCGGUGGCAAAGCGCCCCGCAAGCAGCUGGCUACCAAGGCUGCCCGCAAGAGCGCCCCGGCCACCGGCGGCGUGAAGAAGCCGCAUCGCUACCGGCCCGGCACCGUGGCGCUGCGCGAGAUCCGGCGCUACCAGAAGUCGACAGAGCUGCUGAUCCGCAAGCUGCCCUUCCAGCGCCUGGUGCGCGAGAUCGCGCAGGACUUCAAGACUGACCUGCGCUUCCAGAGCUCUGCCGUCAUGGCGCUGCAGGAGGCCAGUGAGGCCUACCUGGUGGGGCUUUUCGAGGACACCAACCUGUGCGCCAUCCACGCCAAGCGCGUCACCAUCAUGCCCAAGGAUAUCCAGCUGGCGCGCCGCAUCCGCGGGGAGAGGGCGUAAACCUCGGGCUGCGUUUGGAGGCUGCUGGCUCCCACUCUUCCCAACCCCAAAGGCUCUUUUAAGAGCCACCACAUGUCCAGAGAAAGAGCUAGAAUUCUAUUUGCAUUUGAGGUAAUGAAACUAUUCCUUAAGUCACUUAAGCACAAUAUUUCCUUCCUGUGUUAAACCCGUUCAUAUGAGCUCGUGGCUACUGCUAGUUGUACAGUUAAAC